GCUAGAUGAUGCCCUGCCUGUUUUUUUUUUCCCUCUGUGUUUUGUUCCCCUCUUCAUUUACAAGGUGCAGUACAACAGUCCCUCAGUCCCUGUGCGCUGGCAAAUGACCCAAGUCUAUCUCAAACCUGAUGGCUGACUUGUUUGUCACACAUACAACGGCCGCGGUCAUGGUGAUCUCGAGAUCUCUACUAACAGUCUUGUGCUGUGUGCCACGGCUGCACGGCUGCGUGGGUACGCUAUACUGCCAGACGGCCAAGACGGCACAGCGCCUAUCCACCUCGUACUAUCCACCUCGUACUACGUGGUAGCGCCAGCGGGCCCGCCCUAGCCCCCUGGUCCUAGUCGUGGCUAAGCUUCCAUGUCCCUGUCCCUCGGGUCCGUCCAAGUCGGUCGUCUCGUCGUGCGUGCCCCUGGUGUCAGCAUGCACAUCAUAUGCUGUAGGUAGCUUGGGUAGGUACAGACGUAUGUCGCCACAUCCUUCCAACCCCCCUCCUGCCCUCGUCGCCUUCAGCAGCCCAGCCUGGCCCAGACCUUGCCAGGCAGGGCGCUUCGCCGACCAACAAGCCCACUUUGUUCCUCACUGUCCUUCACUGUCACCUUCUUUGGACCAUUGCCCCGUCCCGAGGGCCCACACCCCAGGACCACUCCAUCAAAAAGGUCGCCAGCCUCGACCCUGACGCGUGCGUCCCCCAGGAGUCCGACCUCUUUUCUAUCUCCGUCCACGUCGUUCCUGACACCGCGCAAGCACUCCUUCUUUUGCGUCUUUGACAGACAGCACUCAUUUCCCAUUGCAUUGAAUUGCACCGCGAGCCCCUCGGCCUCGCCUCACCUUCUUGCUUGCCCUAAAGCAUUCCACUCUCCCUUCUUUGACCGCCUGUCGGCACGCCGCACUCCUUUCUCUGUCCCGGCUUGGCCAUACGUUAGAAGAAGAAAAAAAAGGAUAUCGGACAAAGCAGUCGCUUGCCCUCGUGCUCAAUACCAGUCCCACUCGUGGCUCUCUUGGCCCGGAUAGGCAACUUACAGGUCCACGACCACCUCAACAAUCGAGCAGACCAGCAACCCACUCAUUUGCUGUCACAACUCCUCAACGACACGAUGCUCACCAAGACUUGCUUGGCGCUCGCUUCGGCUGCGCUUGUCAGCAACGGUGCCCUUGCCGUGAACCACCGUCACCGCCACGGCCACGAGCAGAAGCGUGCUCUCAUCUACGAGACCACCGAGACUGUCACUGAUAUUGAAUGGGUCACCGUCACUGUCGACCCGAAUGAGCCGCCCACCACCGCUCCUGUCGUUGAGGCUACCUCCUCAUCCUUUUCCUCCAGCUCGGCUGCUGUCGAGGCCACUCCCGAGGUGCCCAGCGUCGCCCAGGCCCCUGCUCCGUCUUCCUCCUCUUCGACGCCACCCGUCGUCGUCCCGACUCCUACACCAAGCCCAGCGGCCCCUACCACAUUCGCCACCAGCGUUGCCUCUCCAUCUCCAUCUCCAUCUCCUGCUACUCCAUCUCAGGCUUUUGAGACCCCUGGUGUUGCGGCCGUGGCAGCCCCGCCCUCGACGUCUUCGUCCUCCUCUUCGGCUGCGGUCGCUCCUACGCCUGCCGUGGCACCAUCUCCUUCUACCAAGAAGCGUGGUGCCGCUUAUAACGUUGCCAGCCUAAUCUCACCCUUGAUUGGGAGCGGGAGUCAGAUCUCUUGGGCUUACAACUGGGGCCAGGUGAGCGAUGGGCUGGACCAGGUCGACAGCUCCCUGGAGUACGUCCCCAUGCUGUGGAGCAACAGGCAGGACUUCAUUUCCACCUGGGACUCGAACGCCAAGACUGCCAUCAGCAACGGCGCCAAGAACUUCCUUGGCUUCAACGAGCCCGACAACGUAGGCCAGGCCAACAUGGACCCUGCCAGCGCUGCCUCAGCCUACAUUCAAUACCUGACUCCUCACGCGGGAUCCGUCCGUUUGGGCUCUCCAGCUAUCACCAACAGCGGUACCGACGGCGAGGGCGUGAGCUGGCUGAAGCAGUGGGUCAGCGCGUGCAAUAACGAGUGCAAGUAUGACUUCUGUGCCGCUCACUGGUACUCACCAGCCGACAGCAGCAACUUCCUCAACUACGUCACCCAGGUCCAUGAGGCUUGCGGCACCGACAAGACCGUCUGGAUCACCGAGUUCGCCCCCACUGGGGCCGACGACGCCACCAUCUCCUCAUUCCUCCGGGAGGUGCAAGACGCGCUUGACAACAACUCCACCUACAGCUUCGUCGAGAGGUACUCGUACUUCUACGUCGCUGAUGGCUCCCUGGUCACCGGCACCUCGGCCAGCAGCUACGGUAACACCUUUGCCUACGGCUCCUGAUUGAUCGGCCGCUGGCUUACGGCGUCUCUUGCUUUUCGACUUGCUACUUUUCUUGUGCCAGGGUCACUUGCAGUGACCAGGGUGGGAUGGAUAUUGGAGACACCUUAGUCCCCGAAGUCGGGGUCCAACAACUCUUCACUUCUUGUACAUAUAAAGACUUUUUUACUUCUUCGGUUCUUUGGGGUCCAUGACGGAUCUAGAAGGGACAAUUCGAUGGUGGCAGUGCAAGACUCUUGCCAACAUCAUAGCUGGGUGUUGAUCAGAGAAAAGAUAUAGAACACCUGAAGAGGUUGACUGAUCUUACUCGGCGUCGGGUUUCGGGGAUAUACUCCAGUCCCAGACGCGAACAAUCCACGAUGACUUUAUGCCAGGAAUGAAAAUUGCAUGUAGCAUUGCACAUUAGCUUGAUCCUAGAACACUUGCGUGACCUGAUCUCUUCCUUUUUGCAACGUCUAUUGUCACCCCUGAUCCUUUCAUCAUUACUCUAGGGUACGCAGAGUACACUAAGUGUGGCAUAGUAUAGGCAAAGGGGGGGCCCGCC